AUGACAAAGUCUAUAGCACGUUUUGAAGGGUUUGCUCAUUUAUGCUUCUUUCCAAGCUCAAAUUCAAUUAAUUGCGAGUAUGACCAUAAAUCUCAGAGUAACUCGACUUCUAAUGUAUCCGCGGAAAAUGCUCAAGCCUUAGAGAGUAACUCUGCAGAAAAUAGAUCUCGUCGCGUUAAAUGUUCGCAAAAUCUAUCAUCUAAUUCUCAUGAAAAACCAUUAUACUUCAAAGGACAUAUGAUCUUUGAAGAAAUGACAAUGCAAUUUGCCUUAAGAGGUAUUCCUUCUGCUACUGCGCCACCUGAUGCAUAUGAUCAUGGAUGUUUACUUGACAAACCAGUAUACUAUGACGUUACUAUUCAAGAUUACGAUGCGAAGCAGAAAUGGGAAUUUAAAUGGGUCAGAUGGUGGGGAGGUGAUGCUGGCUGGAUGAGUUCGGAUCCGAAGUGUUGUGUUACCGGUGAAAGAGUUGUUGUGUCUGAGCAGGAAUCGGCAUCAGAAGAACAGUUCAUCUGGUUUAGCACGACUCUAAUAAAAGGCAAUGAAGAAGCUCAAAAGCAUGUAAAAAAAUAUUUGAAUAUGAAAAUUGAUGAAGAGGAAAUUGACAUUUCUCAUGUUUGUAUAGGUGAGAUGAGACUUAUUGUUGAAACCGAAAAGGUUGAGGAUGAAUUUGAAUCGUUUGAUGAUGAAAGUGAAUCAGUGUGUAAUCAUGAAAUUCUGGAUGAUGAGAAUGAGACAGAUGAUGAUGAAUAA